CUCUGAACAAUGCAGUCUCGUCUUUUGUUUGCUAGAAACGCUUUGUCGUUGUUCCAAGCCAAACUCCAGCCCAGCCAACGUCGUGUUUCCAACAAAACAAAACAAAGACCAUCCACAAUCGUCCCCAUCAACACGGGUCUCAGCCAUCAUCCGAUCAGACCGACAAGAAGGAACACAAACCGAACAAUGAAGAUUGCUGCGAGUGCACUGGCUCUGGCGCUGCUCGCUCAGGCCACCGCGCACGCCGCCCCACUUCUUGACGGCGGUGCUGCUGCUGCAUCAGCGUCGCCCGCGCCCCCCGCGCCGUCGCCGGACGAUGGCAAUCCAGAGUGGCAGACUGGCGUCGGCAUUGCGGUCGCCGUCAUGGCCGGUCUCGUGCUACUCGUGCUCGGCUACCGGCUCUUCCGUCCAGUGAUGGCUGUCGUCGUGACCGUGCUGUUUGCGAUUGUCACAUACUUUAUUGUCGAUGGUCGCAUUGACUCUCCCAACCAAGUGUCCAUUCCUGUCUCCAUUGGCGUUGGCCUCGUUGGCGGCGUUUUGGCUUACAUCUUCUGGCGUCUGACGUUGCCGUUCCUUGGCGCGUUGGUGGCGCUGCUGGUCACUGCCAUCGUCAUUUCGAGCCCUGCCCAUUCCAAGUUCGAGGACGAUGGCCCGAUCUAUGGUCUCUUUGCUCCGCUCGUGGUUGCGCUUGGCGUGGUGUGCUUCAUCUUCCCUCGUCCCAGCGUGAUUGCUUCGACCAGCCUCGUUGGCGCUCUGGGCGUUUUCGUGCUGGUGGACCACUAUGUCGAGUCCGGCUUUAUGCAAGGCGUGUUUUCCGGUGUUGCGCGCAUCUUCCAGACCCACUCGUUCUUUGGGUUUUACAUUUCCUACGAUUACCUCGGCUGGGCGCAAGAGGACAGCCAUCGAAACUCGUAUCUUGUCCUGGGUGGCUGGUUUGCACUUGCGGUUGUUGGUAUGGCCUUGCAGCAAUUCCUUGUCGCUCGCAACUACCACCACGAUCCCGACCACGGCAAGCAGGACGUCGACCUGUUUGCCAACCGCGAGCAACAGCCGUUGAUGGCCAACUCGCACGAUCCCAGCUCCACCACCAUCAACCACGGCACCUUCUACCGCAGCGAUUCUCUUGCCACUUCUGCUGCAAACCGACAGCGCAUCUCUGAAAAGUACGGUAUCAACUUGGACAAGCCCCAGCGUUUGUAAAUUUGUCCCACCGCAUUCGACGAAAGUGCGACCAGAUCAGGCCCGGCAUUUCAUUUUUUUUCUUUUCAUUUUGCCAUUGCCUGCUCUGAAAAGCUGUUGUCGCGGAGGACAUUUGUUGAUUUUUGACAAUACAUUGAUGCACU